AUGUAUCGUCACAUCCAAGAAUUACAGAAAAGAGUGGCCGUAAUCGAACAGGAGCUGAGGUUGGAGGCUCUCUCCAACGAAAACACGAGAAUUAAGAGGCAGCGUAUGUUUUUAUUUUUUGUUUGUUUGUAAUUUAUAAAAACCUUGUAUAAUAUAUUAUUUUAGUGAGCGAAUUAGAAGGGCAGGAGAAGAUCGUUUUUCUUGAGACUCUCCGGCAGAGUAGAGAAAUAAGUGAAUUAGAAAACGUAAGCGAAGUAUACGGCCGCCUCAGAAUUUCAAACAGGAAACUAUUUGAUGUCGUAAAAGAACAUGGUCUGUUUGGUAAGUGUUUGUUGUUUUUGAGUGUGCACCAAAUUGAAAAUGUAUUUUUCUUACAAAAUUUUUAUUAUAUAUAUAUAUAUUAUUUCAGGAGGGGAGAGAAAAGGAACAGCACCCCAAGAACGAAAGAGGAGACAGAGCGUCUAGAAACUGUUUGUAACGUAAAAUAAUAUUAUGUACAGAGGGGUACAAUAUAUAUAUUAUUUCAGGAGGGGAGCCCAAAGCAAGGGAACCGCUUCAGGAUCUGCAAAAGGGAAUCAAGGACAUCGAAAAAGAAUUGAGGUUGGGCCAGUUGCAAAACCUGUCAAAUAAAAAUCAGAAACUCCAGCGUGCACGUAAGUUUUUUAUGUUUUGUUUGUUAUUGUAUUACCGUAAAUUACAAGCGCUGAAUCAGCGAAUCAAAUAGAUAGAACAAGAGAUGAAGAUGGAUCAAAUACGCCAACGUAAAAGCGAAAAUGAAAAGCUGGAACGUGCAUGUAUGCUUUUAUUUUCUCUUUUUAAAAUACUAUGUAUUAUAUAUUUAGUGAAAGACGUGGAAGAUCAAGAAAAAGUUGUGUUUUAUGAAAGCGUGUGGUUGAAUGGAGAAAACCUCUCCGUGGAAAUGGAAAUUAGCGAAGUCUAUGUUAGAUUGAAAACUUCAAAAAGGAAAUUGUUUGAAUAUAAAGUGGAAUCAAUUUUGCCUGAGUCCACAGUUUCAUUGCUGGAGUCAUCCUCUAGUUUGUGUCUCCGGGUUAUCAGGGGUAGUGAAUACUAGGAGUAGAGGGCAAGUUAGGGGCUCGACUCAUAGCUAAGUCUUGACAUUAUGAAGGAUUUUGGCCUCUUUGGUAAGUCUGCUUGUUUUUUUGAGUGUAGUGUUGAAAUUUUUUGUGGUGGUAAGCAUUACGCAAGUCUCAUUUGACAGAGUUGUAAGUGUGAAUUCGCUUUCCGCUUCACUAGCCUGGUCUGAAUUUUGAUUGGACAAGCCCUAAAACGAGUAUGGGUGCUAAUCGCUGCUACCACUAAACGCUCCAUACUCCAUCUCGUGCGAAAAACGCAUGCGCUGAAAAGAGGCGGGCAUCAAGUGUGAUGGUGGACUCCCAAUUACGCAACCGCAUCGAAAAGGACGCUUUGUUUUACGGACCAUCGCGAACAUUUGGCGCGUACUGCUGGGCGGAAGAUGGAGAACGGAAUGAAGAUGAUCUUUUAUGAAGAAUAUUUUAUAUUGCAUGUGGUAAGUGUACAGCCUACUGCUAGUUCCGUAGACCUCUACCUAGAAAAUGUUUUCUUGCCCUAAUACGUAAAAUAAUGAUGUUUCAGGGUACCCGCUAUUUUAUGCUCAACGGUAUACUAGUCGUUCCAGAAGGUGCGUGCACUUUUUGUCGUGGGCCGCACUGUGCACAAAAUUGCCUUCUUGCGGGGUGCAUUUGACCUUUUGCACCGUGCAAUUGCAAUGUCGCAGCGACGCAGGCUUUUCUCAACGGAGCCGGCGCGAAUUUUUAGAAAUUGCACAGUGCAAAAUGUUUCGAAAAGGAUCGCGUCGCGCGGGGAACACGAAACUUGCACUGUGCGGUCCGAAAAAAAGGCGGAAAAAGGUGCACGCACUUUCUGGAACGACUAGUAGCAAUUUCUGCAAAACUCGCUGUCAUGCUUUUUUUCUUAGCGUUCUAUUCACUUUUCAAGCGCUUUAAGUGUUGUUUUGCUCUUGGCAUCAUAAGCCUGACGAUGAUUGUGAGUUAUGUUACAGUGGGGGACCUGAUCCAGUGGCAAAAAACAUACCAUUUUGCAUCCGGGAAGUAUCAAAAAUGUGGCAAAAUACCUCCCUCUUCAAGUGAAAAAACUCAGAUUUUAAAAUCAAGUUUUUUCACUUGGAGAGUGAAGCAGUUUGCCACAUUUUCGAUGCUUCCCGGAUGCAAAAUGGUACGUUUUUUGCCACUGGAUCAGGUCCGUCACUGUACAUUGAUGAAAAAAAACUGUAUCGCGAUACAGUUUUUUUGAAAUUCAUAUUUUUAUUUCAUUCUCUCUUAAGAUGUGGUGUUGUUGUUUGCGAUGAUAUACAAUGGUCGUUUUACGGGGUUUGCCGACCUGAUGUAGGUGACUAUGACUUACAAUGUCUAGUGUAAAAGAAAUUUGCUUCAAUACAAGACCUUGAAUAAGGAACAAUAACUUUAUGUCUGUCCCGCGUUCUUGAGUCACAAAAUUUGGGGCGAAGACAAUUUAUUUUCAGCUAUUAAAACCUUGCCCAUAGGGAUGUUAUUGAAGACUUUUGAAUCAAGAAAAACAAUGCGGGAUUCUAGAGAAGUAAGAUUUAAUUUUUGAAGUCUAGCUUCAUACGGAAGAUAGCAGCCGAAGGACCGCCUCAACAGUUCUAGUGACAAGUUUUUGAAGUGAUUCAAGUUUUUUAUUAUAAUAUCUUUAAUAAGGAAAGCUUUGAAUAAAGAAGAUUUUGAUUCCAAGAAGAUAUUAGACUGAAUCAAUUUUUUUGAUGACAAUUAUAAUAUAAUAAUAAUAUAUUCUGAUACAAAAAGGAUAGCCGGAAACUGCGACAAUUACAAGAUAUUUUCAAAUUACAGAGAACCUCUGGGGACGCCUGGUCUCCGGCAAAGCCACGUCCUCUUAACAGAGCUCAAGCAAGAGACUGGAACGGCACAGAUAUUCAGGAGUAGCCAGAGGGAAAUCUAAGGUGUAAGGUGUAAAUUUGCAAUAUCUUUAUUGUCUCGCCAGACGUUGGUUGGCAAAUGAUGAGGCCACGUAAUUGGGAAUUUCCCUGGUAAUUUUCGUCUAACAACACACCAGGAGACCCUUCAUUCUUCAGUAUUCGCGACUUACGGCGCUGAGGUUCUGUGCUUCUCCUUAUCGCGCACAAGCUUUACAAUCUCGAGAUAUAAACUAACCAUCAACAAUAUAAAGAGUGAAUCUUACAAUCCGGACCGCAUAAGGCAUGAGCUACUUUAGUUAAAACUGUGGGUUUCCGGUCUCUUUAGACCGCGGCGAAUAUAUACUGAUACUUCUCCCUGAAGUAUCAGAGCUUACACGGCGUAGUGCAGUGGAAGGACAAUGAAAACCCCACACAAUACGUAGAAUCCCACAAUAAGUUUAGGGAACAAUAUUGUUAGAUUAGGCAAAUGGAUACCAGAAAGUUUACGCCCAGCCAUGUAAAAGGUGGUGGACGGUGACAGUACCACGAUCGAUUUAUUGUUAGCUUACGGUGUGUUCUGCUACUGUUUUUUUGAAAUUGACAUUUUUAUUUCGUUCUGUCUUGAGAUGUGAUUCUGUUGUUUGCUAUGAUAUACAAUGUUUUUUACGGUUCGUUUUCGUUUUUUUUUGUUUUGAUACACUUUACAAAUAAUAUCAGCAAUUUUUACGAUUUCUGUCGCUGCUUUUUCUGCUAAUUCCACUGCUACCAGAAUUUGAGUUGUUCUUCCCCGGCCGUAGCCCCGAGUUCAGAAACAUAUGUAUACCAGCUGAAUCAUUACGAUAUUUAUCAACAAACUUCAAGAAAAAACGGUCUAAUUACGGUGUAUAUUCGAUCGUAUAUUGCUAGAGCCUUUGACAAGUGUCUUUUUUUGUAGGGGAACUGCGUACUCCCAUAGCAAUAAACUACAAAGCACUUAUUUACGGUGUCCCCUCUUUUGAUGGUUUGCAGGUUUAUUUUACGGACUUAUACUCUCUGAAUGCUUCGUUUUAUAUCUAGAAAUUUAUAAAAAAAGCCUUGUAUCAUGUCAUCAUACUUCCGACUGUAGUACUAACACUUUUUACGUAUAUUUGCUAAAAUCUUGUUGGAGCAAAAGAGCAGUACUAUGCAUCUACGUCUUUGUAAAUGUCUCGUUUCUGAAAGCUUGAGUGUUCUGUGUUCCUUCUCCUUUACGAUGUAGCUUACGUCACGAUGAUAAUUAGUUUAUUUUACGGAUUCUGUCACUAUACGUACAAAGCAAGUUGUAAAAAUUUACGACUAUAUCAUAACUUGGCAUUGCUUAAUCGUAAAAAACUUGGUAUACUUUACGGCUUCGGUUAGCUUGAGUAAUCGUGCGAAAUGUCCGACACAUACCUAUUCGCCUGUUGGGUAUCCUUCUAGGUCUCUAGAAUUAUUACUGUGCAUUUUGUAGGUUGCAGAAUUUGCACAACUGUUGAAAGCGCCAAAGACACACCGGGCAACAGUGUUGUUGAGGUCAAAAAUCCGCAAUAAUUACGUUUAUUUAAUGGAUCAAUUUGUGUUUUCUCUCUUCCACUUCACUCUCCAGCACCGUCAAGUUGUCGGAAUGUCUUCCUUUACGGAGUGCAUUAUUCCUUGGUAAUUCAUUUCUUGCUCUGGGCAGUGCCGGUCUUCUGGACUAUAUUUUACGACAUUGCGGCAUAAAUGCACAUAGCAGUAUGGUAAUGUUAAGAUUUUUUUCCGAUUUACAGAACAGCUGAUGUCCUGUACGAUGUAUGUGUGGCUUUUUCUGCAAUUACCUUAUUUUGCAGACUAUAUUAUUCCUUGCUCUUAGUUCCCGUCUUCUGAAUAAUAUCUUACGAUGUUACGAGAAUGCUGUCGACGGAAUUCUUCCUCUCCGAGAAUGCUUUCUUUGGACUUGAUUGUCCCGAAGAUUAGUUUGGACUCCGUUUUCCAGACAAUUAAUGUGGCGAACUCGAAGUUCCGAAAUUUAUUCAAACCUCAAACUUGGGAUAACAAACCAUAUAAAAAACUGCACGAUAUAGACUCGGGAAUUAUACAUGGAAAUUACAAUAGACAAAAGUAUUAUUAUGCGAAUCAACCAUCGAAGACUUCGAACAGAAUUCAAAACAUCAAAGCAAAUAAACAGCUUCUUGGCCUGACGACAGCUGACACUUCAAGUGAACAGUCGCCGGCUCGAUGACGGCCCACUCUUCCAUUACCGCGUCCGUUUCGGCCUUCUUUUCUUUACGGCCGUUGCGUCCGUUGCUCCUUUAUGUAUCUCUUUUUCAGGUACUCAAUACACCGAUGUCAUUAUUUCAUAGACUUAGUUUGUUUAGCUCAAGUACUUCAAUUAUUCAAUCAAGAAUAGUUGUCUCAUCGCUUUAAUAAUCUCUUAUCUUCUCCGUCCUAUCGUUCCUUUCCUGUCCAGCCUCUUGCAGUGGGUGUGUUCUCAUCGUCUUACGAGUUUACGCACAUAAAUUUUAGCUGAUACCUCAACGCAAUUCUUACGUCGCAUAUCAGGGGAACUUUCUGGUUUAUUUACAAACAGCUAAUCGUAAGUUGUGGCCUUUUUUGUGCGUUCUCAAGGCAAUUUUUACAAGAUGGCACGUCUUAAAAGCGUUUCGAUUUCUUCCCAAACAGGAUAUUUGGAUAUUUUUGAUACAGAGCAUCCUACGACGCCCAGGACUCGUGUAUCGGCUUCGCUCAUGAGGCUGACCGCUGCAACAAGAAAUCAGUACUCUUCAGGAAACCCGCGUCCAACGCCGGAAACUCGGUUACGGAGCACCCCAGUACUGCCCGUGUGUACUCGUCCAAGAGGCCGGAGUCGAGCUAG